AGAGAUUUGGCUACAUUGGCUAUAUUUUUUAUAUAGUUGGGACGACACUGGAUUGCAUCUGAGAAGGCUUCUUAUUCAGCAUGGGAUAGGCGCUUUUUGACAUUUGGCAUUACAUGUGAUCUGCAAUUGUUAAAUAUGGACCGCUGUUCUCCCGCGCCAGUUGGCUUAUGCCUGGAUAUGUGUCCUAGAAACGAAAGGCAAGAGAGGGAGAGGCAAGGGCUGUUGCAUCAUUUGGAGACGAUGGAUGGGCAGAGGGCAAGAAGGGGACGCAGAGGACAAGGAAGUAUGUGUGCUGAUCCUGCUAGGACUGUUAAGGAGUACAGCCGACCUGCUGCAGGAAAGGAACUGUCUUCUCCAUGUGAUCUCCGACCUCCCGCUGUCUUGCUGAAAACCGUCCGUUACUUGCUGAUGAAGGUGUGGGAUUCUGUCAAUGAGAUGGAUUUGGGUAAACUGUCUGAGGCUUACUCCUUUGUGUUUGACCGGCUACGAGCUGUCAGGCAGGAUAUGACUGUGCAGAGGGUCUCGGGACUAUCAGGAGCUGUUGUGUUGGAGGCGAGCCUGGGGUUCCUGCUCUGUGCCCCAUAUCUUGUAAGACAUUUACCCGUGGAAAGCUAUGAUGAAGUGCUACAUGCAACCCAAGUGCGGGAGAGCUUUGCUGAACUAAUGGAAUGCUACAAAGAGGAUGUAAGGAAUCCCAGAGAAGCUGAAUUUCAGGCUUUGCUUCUGCUGUAUGAUCUUGGCAAUCUGGACACCAUGAACAGGGCCCUGAAAUUGAAACCUGAUAUAGAGGUUUCGCCUCAGGUUUGCUUGGCAAUGGCUGUGAAUCGGGCCUUCCUAGAGUGUAAUUGGGUACGACUGUUCCGUCUGUUGCAUAAGCUUGACUGCUUGCAGUCCUGUGCUUUUUAUCACCAUCUAUCAAUGUGCCGAGAUAGGAAUCUGCGGACAUUAGCUCAUGCAUACAGCAGCAGGAAUUGUCGCUUUCCCCUGGAUCUACUUACGAAGCUAAUGGCAGUGGAUAGCCUGGAGACUGUUGCUGAAAUGUGUGUGAGGAGAGGACUGUCUCUGGCUUCAGGUGGCCACCCGGCAGUGGUCUUUUUUAAAUCUUCAUUUAAGGACGCGGUUCCGGAAAGUCGCGGGAGAGAGAUUUUGCUGGUGGAGAAGAAAAAAGGAGAAUUCACUUGGGCUGAAGUUAUGAUGGGAGAAAACGCUUCCUAAAGAAGUCGAGGAGAACAAAAAGCACUGAUAUUUUGUGAUAUGUCUGACACUCCUGAUUAAAUAAAAGAAAAACAUACUGUGGCAAGCUGGCUGCCUGUACAUGUCAUUUUGGGGGAAUUUAGCAUUGAUAGGCAAGUAAGCAGAGGGGCAGGAGAAUAAAAACAGGGACAUCAGGCAAACUCUUUACAACAUAAAGGUCACAGGAACACAGUUCAUUAGUGUUUUAACUUUGGGGUUCUCACCAUACAGGGUGGCUUCCACAUACUGGGUUUCUUCCUAAGCCCUUCUGACUCUCCCCUCCUGGGAUAUCAGCUCACCAGCCUCUGGCCUCAGUAUUAAAAGGGAACUAACGCAAAAUGAAAAUGUAAUAUAAGCUUCCUCGUACUGAAGUAAGAAACUUUCUAAAUACAGUCAAUUAAAUAUUC